AGAUCGGACCUGCAUUCUCUCCGUGACAUAACGUGCAAAGCAUGGUUGCACAGGGCUUUACCGUGGACUUGAGCAAACCUCUUGUCUUCCAGGUUGGCCAUCUUGGUGAAUCCUACCAAGAAUGGGUUCAUCAGCCCAUUGUUACGAAGGAAGGCCCACGUUUUUUUGCUAGUGACUUCUGGGAGUUCUUGACUCAGACGGUAUGGUGGGUGAUUCCCGUCAUUUGGCUUCCAGUUGUGUUUUGGUGCAUCUUUACAUGUAUCCUGAUGGGCCAUACACUUCCUCAAGUAUCUCUAUUGGUUGCUAGUGGGAUAUUUAUAUGGACUUUACUAGAAUACACUUUGCACCGCUUCCUUUUCCACAUUGAAACAAAAAGUUAUUGGGGCAAUACUAUGCAUUAUCUUCUUCAUGGUUGCCAUCAUAAGCACCCCAUGGAUGCAUUACGUCUUGUUUUUCCUCCUGCUGGAACAGCUGUUCUCUCUCUACUGUUCUGGAACCUGCUUAAACUUGUAGCCACUCCUUCUACUACUCCUGCUUUGUUUGGUGGCAUCUUGUUGGGCUAUGUAAUGUAUGACGUUACCCACUACUACCUCCACCAUGGAAAGCCAUCUACGGAAGUGCCUCGAAAACUGAAGAAGUAUCACUUGAACCAUCACUUCAGGAUUCAAAAUAAGGGCUUUGGGAUAACAUCUUCACUAUGGGACAAGGUUUUCGGAACACUUCUACCUUCCAUCACUGCUCAGAAGAAAACAUAA